GGUCCGGUUCCAAGCCCGUGGCAUCCAUGCCCCUGUCCCGUCGGGAGCCGCCCUUGCCUGGCAGGCUGGCACCUGCCUUCCCCCUCCUGCUGCUGCUGGGCGCUGCCCGCGCGCUGCCCCGCCAGCCCGGGGACUCCCAGGAGGUGGUGCCGGUGCGGAUCCCAGACCCGCGGGGCGGAGAGCAGGUCUCCUUCUGCCUCUCCGCCUUCAGCCGGGACUUCGUGCUGCAGCUGGGGCCCGAUGCCCGCUUCCUCGCCCCCGGGCUGAAGAUCCAGCGCCUGGGCCGGCCGGGCCCGCGGGCGGAGGAAGACGAGGCGGGGCUGAGGAAAUGCUUCUACUCCGGGACCGUCAACUCGCAGCCCGGCUCGCUGGCGGCCGUCAGCCUGUGCCGGGGCAUCCGCGGCUCCUUCCUGGUGGACGGGGACGAGUACCUCGUCCAGCCCGCAGCCCGCAGGGGCGGCGAUCCCCUGCUGCAGCCGCACCGGCUCCAGAGGAGGCGGGCGCCCGAGCCUCCCGAGCCCGGGAGCGAGCUGCCCGUGAGGACCAGCCGCCGAGCCAAGCGCUUCGUGUCCGCGGCCCGCUUCGUGGAGACGCUGUUGGUGGCGGACGCGUCCAUGGUCCAGUUCUACGGGGAAGAGCUGAAGAACCACAUUCUGACCCUGAUAUCAGUGGCCGCUCGGAUCUACCAGCACCCUAGCCUAAAGAACUCCGUCAGCUUGGUGGUGGUGAAGGUGCUGGUUGUGGAGGAUGAGAAGGCCGGGCCGGAAGUGUCUGACAAUGGAGGGCUCACGCUGCGCAACUUUUGUAACUGGCAACAGAGCUUCAACCCCGCUAGUGACCGUCACCCAGAGCACUACGACACUGCUGUCCUGCUGACUAGACAGGACUUCUGUGGGCACCAGAGCUGCGACACUCUGGGCGUGGCUGACAUUGGCACCAUGUGCGACUCCAACAAAAGCUGCUCUGUGAUUGAAGAUGAGGGUCUCCAGGCUGCCUACACCCUGGCUCAUGAACUAGGACACGUGCUCAGCAUGCCCCAUGACGACUCCAAGACCUGUGAGAGGCUCUUUGGGCCCCUGGGAAAACAUCACAUGAUGGCUCCUUUCUUUGUCCACUUGAACAAGACCCUGCCCUGGUCCCCCUGCAGCGCCAUGUACCUCACUGAGUUUCUGGACGGGGGACAUGGUGACUGUCUGCUUGACGCGCCAGCCGAACCCAUUGUCCUCCCCACAGACCUUCCAGGCCAACUCGCCAUGUACGACCUGGACCGCCAGUGCCAGCAGAUCUUCGGCAAGGAGUUCCGGCACUGCCCAAACACAACGGACGAGGACAUCUGUGCACAGCUGUGGUGCAGAAUGGACACCAGGGAGCCCCUAUGUCACACCAAAAAUGGCAGCUUGCCGUGGGCAGAUGGUACGCCCUGUGGAGCGGGCAGGCUGUGCUGGGAUGGCAGCUGCGUGGCACAAGAUGCGAGGAAGCCCCAGGUAACAGAAUGGCUGAUGGGGAAAGAGAUGAUCUGUCUCAACCCGGAUUUCAGGCAAGUGAUUCAUUGCCCUUGGGUUGCUGUCGGGUCACAUUUCCCCUUCCUUUCAGGGAAGAGCUUUAGAGAGCAGCAGUGCGCAAAGUACAACAGCUACAACUUCACAGAUCUGGAUGGGAAUCUGCUGGAGUGGCUCCCCAAGUAUUCCGGGGUGUCCCCCCGGGACCGUUGCAAGCUCUUUUGCCGAGCCAGAGGGAGGAGCGAAUUCAAAGUAUUUGAGGCCAAAGUGAUCGAUGGGACGUUGUGUGGGCCAGAGACCCUCUCCAUCUGCGUCCAUGGGCAGUGCAUCAAGGCUGGCUGUGACCACGUGGUUGGCUCCUCCAAGAAGCUGGACAAGUGUGGGGUGUGCGGUGGCAAUGGGUCGACAUGCAGGAAAAUAUCUGGCUCGCUCAACAGAUCCAAGUAUGGAUAUAAUGACAUUGUCACGAUCCCUGCUGGAGCUACCAACAUUGACAUCAAACAACGCAGCCACCGAGGGGUCCGGCACGAUGGAAACUACCUGGCUUUGAGAACCCUGGAUGGCAAGUACCUCCUGAAUGGAGACUUUGCCAUUUCAGCCAUGGAGCAAGACCUCCUGGUGAAGGGGACAAUCCUGAAGUACAGCGGCUCUCUGACGACCCUGGAGCGGCUCCAGAGCUUCCGGCAGCUUCCGGAAUCUCUCACUGUCCAACUGCUGACCGUCUCCAGUGAGGUCUUCCCGCCCAAGGUGAAGUACACUUUCUUCCUCCCCAAGGACAUCCCCUUUAGCAAGCAGAAGGUCAAGGAAAAGAAAUCAGCCAACAUCAUCCAGCCCAUGCUGACCUCGCAGUGGGUUAUGGGAGACUGGUCCGAGUGCUCCAAAACCUGCGGCUCUGGCUGGCAGAGGCGAACGGUGGAAUGCCGGGAUGUGGAGGGCCAGGCCUCCACCACCUGCGACAAGGCUCUGAAGCCUGAGGACAUCAAGCCCUGCGGCGACCUCCCGUGCCCCAUUUGGCGCGUCGGCCCCUGGUCGCCGUGCUCCCGAACUUGCGGCGAGGGAGUGCGGACGCGGAGCGCCACCUGCAUUGACUAUGCAGGAAAGAUCGUAGCCCCUGAGAAAUGCAGCUCGCCCCCGCCCCAGGCAGCGACCGCCGCCUGCGUACUGCAAGAAUGCUGAGCCAGGGCAGGCCUAGUGCAUCGGAGACGCAUAACGUAGCCAACUACUAACCAGACCAGACCUGGCUUGGCAAGUCAAGCAGGGACGUAGGUUUAAAAGUGAACGUGCACUAAUUGACCUGAGCAGGCCCCCGGGGGCAGACCUGCUUGGAAGACUCGUUUCUGGUUCCAUCCCCCGCCAAUAGACAUCUACCUCAGAGGGGGCGGAAAAUAGUCCGGGGGAAGGGAGGAGUCCGGUGAUUUAUUUUUACUGGUCAAUAGCAGAUGAAUUUUAAUUUAAGGAGCGAGUAAUCCUAUUCUAGGCUAUUUCCCAAAAGGAUGACCUGAGUUUCAGCCAUGCCCACCCACUCUCCUUCAUUAUUUCCCAUAUGUGGCCUGAGAGACUCAUCUGCAGGGAGGCUGAGGGGUAGGAUAGCUGCACCCCCUGGCUUGAAGGGGUUUCCAUUACAUUCAGGGUUUACAAUUUGGUUCAAUGGC